AUGUCUGGAGCCAACAGCUCCAGUCUGACCCCGGGAUUCUUCAUCUUGAGUGGUGUCCCUGGGCUGGAAGCCGCACACGUCUGGCUCUCCCUGCCAUUCUGCUUCAUGUACAUCGUUGCUGUCGUGGGCAACUGUGGGCUCCUCUACCUCAUCGGCCACGAGGAGGCCCUGCACCGGCCCAUGUACUACUUUCUGGCCCUGCUCUCCUUCACCGAUGCCACCCUGUGCACCACCACGGUACCCAAUAUGCUGUGCAUCUUCUGGUUCAACCUCAAGGAGAUAGACUUCAAUGCCUGCCUGGCUCAGAUGUUUUUUGUCCACAUGUUGACGGGGAUGGAGUCCGGGGUGCUCAUGCUCAUGGCCCUGGACCGCUACGUGGCCAUCUGCUACCCCUUACGCUAUGCCACCAUCCUCACCAGCCCUGUCAUCGCCAAGGCUGGUCUUGCCACGUUCCUGAGGGGUGUGAUGCUCAUCGUCCCUUUCACUUUCCUUACCAAGCGCCUGCCCUAUUGUCGUGGCAACUCCAUUCCCCACACUUACUGUGACCACAUGUCCGUGGCCAAGGUCUCCUGUGGCAAUGUCAAGGUCAAUGCUGUCUACGGUCUCUUGGCAGCGCUCCUGAUUGGGGGCUUUGAUAUCUUCUGUAUUUCAGGGUCUUACACUAUGAUAUUGCGGGCAGUGGUGAGCCUGUCUUCGGCAGAUGCUCGGCACAAAGCCUUCAGCACCUGUACAUCUCACAUCUGUGCCAUUGUGAUCACCUAUGUCCCAGCUUUUUUCACUUUUUUCACCCACCGUUUUGGAGAACACAGUAUCCCUCACCACAUACACAUCAUUGUGGCCAACCUUUAUUUGCUCCUGCCUCCUACAAUGAACCCCAUUGUUUACGGAGUCAAGACCAAACAGAUCCGGGAAGGUGUGAUCAAAUUUUUACUUGGAGACAAGGUUCUCUUUACUCAAGACAAAUAA